AUGGUGGUCCCAUCACGUUUGUCUCCGGGCACUGAAGAUUAUGUGGACCUUUCUAGAACGAUUCUCGUGGUGAGAGCAAAAGUGACAAAAGCCGAUGGUACGGAUCUCAACGCAGACGAAAAGGUAUGGUAUUUUUCACAGUGAAUACAUCGUUUCCAAAUAUUAAUUUUUUUCAAAUCUGUUUAAGGUUGGAGUGGUGAACAAUUUACUCCACAGCCUGUUCAAACAAGUGGAUGUCUUUUUGAAAGGGAAGCAAGUCACACAGGCUACCAGAACCUAUGCGUACCAUGCUUACUUGGAAACCCUCUUGAAUUAUGGUCCCUCCGCAAAAGAUUCACAGCUCACUGCUGCUUUGUAUUACAAAGAUACUACAGGAAAAAUGGACAUCGCAGAUCCUACUACGGCUGGUGCCGCAGGCAAUGCAGGGCUUAGAGCAAGAUACGUUUUCAGCAAAGCAAGUGGAACUGUUGAAAUGACCGGUCCCAUAUUCAGCGACAUAUUCAUGUCCGAACGUCUCCUGCUGAGUUACGUAGAUCUGAAAGUUAUUUUGAAUCGACGCAGUGACGAGUUCUGUUUGAUGGCCUCCGAAGACGGUGUCGACUACCAGGUGAAACUCACCGACGCUUAUCUCAAGAUACGUAAAGUGAAAGUCAACCCGAGCAUUUCCGUGGCCCAUUGA